AUGUCUGAUAAGAACGAUUGUGAUUUAUCCGUGGUAUUAGGAGUGUUGGUGGUAUUCGCUUUACCACUAACACUUCUGGUGCCAGGGUUCUCGGUGUGGAACGUGGUUCCGAAGGUGCGGAUCUCACGACUGCACAUCGUCAGCCAGGACCUCACCUGGCCGCAGCUUAACGUAGCAAUCAUCCUCCUGUUGACCCUCUUCUUCUGUCUUUACCUAGAAAUUCAUAAAAGAAAGUUAGAUGAUAUGGUAGAAAAAGUGCUAGCUGUGAGCCAAGCGACGGACACGACGAUGGAAGUGGAACGGGAGCGUCAGGCGGCCGCAGUCAGGGUCUGCGUAGAUCUCCUGGACGCUUCAGCUGAACAUUACGAAAACCUCGUACUCCUCAGAGAUGAGCUAAGGAAGCGAGAGAAACUCAAAAAGCAACAUCCACCUACAAUCGAAUCAAGUUCCACCAUGUAA